AUGGCAUCGCUCCCAGAUAGCCACCGGGCCCUCACACUCUCGUCAGUCGAGACAGGGCCGGAAGUGAAAAGGCUUGGUCCUCCGUCUCUUCUGCCCGGCAGCACCGUCGUUCAGAUCUUGUCCAGCCCGGUCCUCUCGUACGCGGCGAAAGUCUACACGGGUGCGUUGCAGUAUCCGCUAUGUCUGCCCAUGACCAUCGGCGGAAGCGCCAUCGCACGUGUCGUCGCCGUCGGCAGUGACGCCACACGCCUGUCGCCCGGCCAGCUCGUGCUGGUCGACUCGAUGAUCCGCGGCCGCGACGACCCUACCCAGGCCAUCCUUCUCGGCGUCCACGGCGGUCUGUCCGAGGGCGCGGCCCGUCUGAUGCAAGGGGACUGGCGGGACGGCAGCUGUGCCGAGCUGGCGCGCUUGCCGCUGGAGAACGUGCAUGUGCUGGACGAAGAGACCCUCACCAAGACACAAGGCCACUCGGUCCACCAUCUCGCGUAUCUACUGCGCCUGCUGGUCCCGAUGGGUGGGCUGGUCGAGUUGGACGUCCAGACUGGCGAUCGCGUCGUCAUUGCCCCGGCGACAGGGCAGUUUGGCGGCGCCGCCGUCGAGGCCGCCCUCGCUCUGGGCGCCGACGUGGUCAUCUGCGGCCGCAGACGCCAUGCUCUCGACCACAUGAAGCACUCCCUGGCCCCGGUCUACCCGCAGGCCAGGAUCGACGUCGUGGUCCUUUCCGGCACAGUCGACACCGACGUCGCCACCCUGCACGCGCUGGGGCCCAUGGACAAAUUCCUCGACUUCUCCCCGGCGGCGGCGGCCGGUUCGACCCACAUCACCAGCAUCCUCAUGGCUCUGCGGAAGGGCGGGCGCGCAUGUCUCAUGGGCGGUAUCACCGGUUCCGUGGCCAUCCCCUACCAGGUCGUCAUGUUCAACGACCUCCACAUCGGUGGCAAGUUUAUGUACGAGCGUGAUGCGGUGCACAAGGUCAUUUCGCUGGUCCAGGGUGGACGCCUGCGCAUUGACUUGCCGCAUCCUAAAGUGUUUGCGCUGCACGAGUGGGAGAGCGCGUUCAAGAGUGCCGAGGAAUCCCCUGGCUGGAGACAGAUGGUCGUGUUUGACCCGAGCAGGGAGUAA